AUGGUCCAAUCUGCAGUUCUGGGUUUCCCCCGCAUGGGUGUGAACCGUGACCUAAAGAAGGCAACUGAAGCUUACUGGGCUGGCAACCUCUCCCAAGCUGAUCUCCUAGCUGAGGCUAAGCGUCUUCGUCUUGCCCACUGGAACAUCCAGAAGAAUGCCGGCGUCGACGUCAUCCCUAGCAACGACUUUGCUCUCUAUGACCAGGUCCUCUCCCACAUCCAGGACUUCGGUGCCGUACCCGAGCGAUACUCCAGCGCAAACCUUGACCGUGUCGAUGAAUACUUCGCCAUGGGCCGUGGUCACCAAAAGGGUGGCGUGGAUGUCCCUAGUUUAGAGAUGGUUAAAUGGUUUGACUCCAACUACCAUUACGUCAAGCCUACCCUCCAGGACAACCAGACUUUCAAGCUGGCUGCCAGCCCUAAGGCCGUCGCCGAGUUCCUCGAGGCCAAGGAGGCCGGUAUUGUUACCCGACCUGUUCUACUUGGUCCUGUUUCUUUCCUACACCUAGGCAAGGCCGACCGUGGCCAAACCGUUCAACCCAUUGACCUCCUCAGCAAGCUUCUGCCUGUUUACGAGGAGCUCCUGACCAAGUUGAAGGAGGCUGGUGCCGAGACGGUCCAGAUUGACGAGCCUGUUCUCGUCUAUGACCUGCCUGCCAAGACCAAGGCUGCUUUCAAGCCCGCCUAUGAGAAGUUGGCUAGCAUCGCUGCUAACAUUCCCAAGCUUGUCUUUACCACUUACUUCGGUGAUAUCGUACACAACCUUGACCUCGUCCCUAAGGACAUUUACGCUCUCCAUGUUGAUCUCGUCCGCAAUCCCGAACAGCUAGACACUGUCCUGGGCUCCCUUGGUCCCAAGACCAUUCUAUCUGUCGGUGUCGUUGACGGCCGAAACAUUUGGAAGACUAACUUGAAGCGUGCCAUUGAGGUUGCCGAGACUGCUAUCCAGAAGCUGGGAAAGGACCGUGUUAUUGUUGCCACUUCCAGCUCUCUCCUCCACACACCCCACACACUUGCCAGUGAGAAGAAGCUAGACCCCGAGAUUGCUGACUGGUUUUCCUUUGCCUCUGAGAAGACAAUCGAGAUUGCUGUCAUCGCCAAGGCUGUCACGGAGGGGCCUGCCUCAGUCCGAGAAGCUCUCGAGGCUAACGCCAAGUCCAUGAACGCUCGUGCUACUUCGAAGCGAACAAACAACCCACAAGUUAAGGAGAGGCAGUCCAAGAUUGUCCCCUCUGACUACGAGCGCAAGUCUCAAUUCCCCUCCAGAAUUUCGCUACAACAGAAGAAGCUCAACCUUCCUCUCUUCCCCACCACUACCAUUGGCUCUUUCCCCCAGACCAAGGAGAUCCGAGUGCAGCGAAACAAGUUCACCAAGGGAGAGCUUAACGAGUCUCAAUAUGACAAGUUCAUUGAGCAGGAAAUUGAUAUGAAUGUCAAGAUCCAAGAUGAGCUUGAGCUGGAUGUCUACGUCCACGGCGAGCCGGAGCGAAAUGACAUGGUUCAAUACUUCGGUGAGCGUCUGGAUGGUUAUACCUUCACUACACACGCUUGGGUCCAGAGCUACGGUUCCCGCUGCGUGAGACCUCCGAUCAUUGUCGGAGAUAUUUCUCGCCCUGCCCCUAUGACUGUCAAGGAGUCUAAGUACGCCGUGUCAGUCUCCAAGAAACCCAUGAAGGGUAUGUUGACUGGCCCUGUCACAUGCUUGCGAUGGUCUUUCCCUCGUGAUGAUGUCCACCAGUCCGUCCAGGCUGAGCAACUUGCCCUGGCCCUACGUGACGAGGUCGUUGACCUUGAGAAGGCUGGCAUUGAUGUUAUCCAGGUCGACGAGCCUGCCCUUCGUGAGGGUCUGCCCCUCCGAGCCGGCAAGGAGCGUGAGGCUUACCUUGAGUGGGCCGUCAAGGCCUUCAAGCUCUCUACUGUCGGUGUUGAGGAUUCCACUCAGAUUCACUCGCAUUUCUGCUACUCUGAGUUCCAGGACUUCUUCCACGCCAUUGCCGCGCUCGACGCUGACGUGCUGUCCAUUGAGAACAGCAAGUCGGACUCGAAGCUUCUGAGCGUGUUCGUUGAUGAGGCGUACCCUCGUCACAUUGGCCCUGGUGUCUACGACAUCCACUCGCCGCGUGUGCCGAGCGAGCAGGAGAUCAAGGACCGCAUCGAGGAGAUGCUUCAGUAUCUCAAGCCUGAGCAGCUCUGGAUUAACCCUGACUGCGGUCUCAAGACCCGCCAGUGGAAGGAGACCAAGGAGGCAUUGGUGAACAUGGUCAACGCGGCCAAGUUCUUCCGUGCCAAGUACAACAAAUAG